CAUCACUCUCAACCAAAAAAGGCUUUCAUCGGAUGUUGCUGUAUUCAUCGCCAGAUCCUAUAAUAACACACCGCACCGAGCCUUGACUCACUUUUGAGCCACAAUGUGGUUGUAGGCUCUUUAUCUUUUUUUUUUUUUUUUUUCGACUUGGUCUCAUUCCGCAAAGCUGUGUUAAUGUAGAUGUUUCCCCAAGACACCCGUGGCUUCGAGCCGAUUUUACGCCGGUUUUUCAUUCAUUUGGCAGAGAAGCGGAGAAGAGAGGAACCAGCGUCUGGGGAUACAAUGAGGCAGUGUGUCCGCUCCUCGCUCAAGACAAUGCAUCAAGAUGCGACGAUGGACCGCACUAUUUCUCACAAGAUCGGGCACCUUUUGGUUGAUCGCCGGGAGACCAGCUAAAGAAUGAGACUUCAUCCACCACAUGACAGAGAACCGGGUGACCACGCUUCUGCAAGACAGCCACCGUCGACCAACACAUAGACUGUCUAGGUGUCCCGUCUCAGACCCAAGACCUAAGAAUGAAGACCAAGUAUGCUAUAGCCUUCAUCUGUAUUGUGGCCCUGGUCAUCAUUGAAAAGGAGAGCAAUAUCUUAUCAAGGGUCUCGGAUAAGCUGAUCCAAAGACAGACUCCACAGCAGACCCCGCAAACCCCACUGGAUUACAACACAACACAAAAUGGCUCCCUGACUAUGUUCAAACUGCUUCUUUCCAGACUCACUGACAUGAAAACGAAUUACUCCAGUCUCUCAGAGGAGCAGGAGGAGGAUGAACUAGACAAUACAGGCACCAACAGCUACAACGGUGGCCGCAAACACAUAUUACUCUUGGCAACCACAAGAACAGGCUCCUCGUUCGUGGGCGAGUUUUUCAACCAGCAUGGGGAAAACAUGUUCUACCUGUUUGAGCCGUUGUGGCAUGUCGAACGGAUGCUGACAACUGGCACAGGGGCAGGUCCUAACGGGACUGUGUUGGCGGGAAUCUACAGGGAUGUACUGCAGGGACUCUUCCUUUGUGAUUUCUCUCCUCUUGAGAAGUUCAUCUCUCCGCCACCGCAGCACCACAUCACCCCGGCACUUUUCCGUAGAGAAUCUAGCCUGUCACUCUGUGAAGACCCCGUGUGCACUCCUGUGGUCAAAGAUGUGUUUGAAAGGUUCCACUGUAAAACACGCCGCUGUGGGCCGCUCAACUUGACCCUCGCAUCUCAGUCCUGCAUCUCUAAGGGACACCACGCCAUCAAGACUGUCCGUGUGCGCCAGCUGGACUCACUGCGCCCUUUAGUAGAGGACCCUCGUCUGGAUGUCAGGGUGAUCCAGCUGGUCCGAGACCCACGGGCCAUCUUAGCCUCCCGCAUGGUGGCUUUCUCCUCCAAGUACCAGACAUGGAAAGCCUGGGCGCAGGACGGCCAGGUGCCCGAAGACGACGAGGAGGUGAAGAGGCUGAAGGGAAACUGUGACCAUAUCAGGAUGUCUGCAGAGGUGGGGCUGAGCCGACCUGGCUGGUUGCGGAGGCGCUAUAUGCUCGUGCGGUAUGAGGAUAUAGCUCGCUACCCCAUGCAGAAAGCAGAGGAGAUGUACAGGUUCACAGGGAUACCAUUCAGUCCCCAAGCCCGGGAGUGGAUUCUGAGGAACACCCAGACCACACAGGAAGCGAGCGGAGUUUACUCCACCCAGAAGAACUCCUCAGAGCAGGCAGAGAAGUGGAGGUUUAGCAUCCCCUUUAAACUAGCUCAGGUAGUGCAGAAGGUGUGUGGACCCACCAUGCAGCUGUUUGGGUACAGGUUUGUGGAUGAUGAAAAGAUGCUGGUCAAUAAGUCCAUCAGUUUGCUUGAGGAGAGAAGGUUUCGCUCCUCGUAGCGUCAAAAAUGCAGCUGUGAGUAUUGAAAAAAACAACAACACUGUAGAGGAUGGAUUGUGGCCAGGAGGUGCCAAUUGUUGUGGCACUGCACAGACCAAAACUAAUGAUAACUAAUGGUGCCCAGAGACAAGGGAGUUUCUCACUGCUUUACUGAUGACUGGGCACCCAGGCCAUAUAAAGUUAUCCAUGCUUACCUGUUAUGUGCCUAAAGGAAUGAUAAGGGAUAAACUUUUAUGCUAAAUUAUGCAUCUAAACAUGUCACUUGAAAAAAAGAAAAUAUAUAUAUAUAUAUAUAUUUAUUGGAAAAAUAUGUUUGCUGAAAA